UUGAUUGUGGGAGCAACUCUUAGCGAAGUGGACGUGACGUUACAGACCCCGCCGAUCGCGCUGGGCUCGUUGAGCCGACAGAGGGAACGGGCGGCUGCGAGAACAGCCCAGCGGGCUACCGCCGAAGCCGGGCUCCUGGCAGGGCUCAUUUUUAGCCCACUUCGAGGGCCCCGAUCCUGGGUAGGAAUGGAAGAAGCGCCUGUAUACCAGGACAUGGCAACCGAGGGACCGUCGGAGGAUAGCGAUGUCGAGAACCAACUGAUAGACCCCGAGUCGUGGAAAGACGGCGACAUUGUUACUGGCAAAGCAACAGGAGCACAUGAUGAGGUGCCGGCGAAACCCCUACAACCCGAUUUUGAGAAUGGAAGCUGUGUGAGGGAGUACAUGCAGCUCGGGCAGGCGACUGGGAAAUAUGUAAAAGACUGUUUGCUCUUGAUUGACCGUGGUGAAUUUGGCCAGAGCUAUACGCUGUUCGCCUUUGAUCUGACCCCGGACCAGGAGUGCGCCGAUCAUUAUUCUCUGAUUAAAACUGGAUACCUGAGAGCGGAGGUUCGGUUUGCAACGGCGCUGCCCUCUACGGUUAACGUGAUAGUGUAUGGGGUUUUUGAUAACGUGCUCAAAGUGAAUCAUAGAAGAAACGUGCUGUUUGACUGUAUGUGAUUAUGGACACCGUGCAGCUAAGGCGUAUUUUAUCAAAGGACCCUUCUUUUUUAGAUGUUUUUCCUAGCGACUUGCUACCAAGGGGUUUUGUGCCCAGAAGACCUUUGUUAACACGCACCCCCAUGACUUACCCAGGGAACACUGGUUGGCCCUCUAUUUACCAAAACAGGGGGCUGGUGAGUUUUUUUACUCCUAUGGAUUUUCCCCAGACAGUGACUUUUUUUUCCUAAAUCUAUUAUGACUUUUUUAAACCAUAACUCGAAUAACGUUGUGUUUCAUCAGAGACAACUACAGGAUCCUUUAGCGGUAAGUUAUCACUGUAUUUUUUUUUAAAAAACAACGUAGUAGGGGUUUAUCUUUUGAUCGAAUUUUAAAAUUGUACACCAAUGAUUGAGCAGAAAAUGAUCGCCUGCCUGGUGGUAUAGUUUGUAAAAGGGAAAAGGCCAGGCAUGCCCAGGCUUGUUCCAAACAUGUUUCAACAUGUUCAGACGUGUUUGUCUUGUCGUGAGUUUAAAGAGGCGCAUCAAU